AUGGAUGAUUUAUACAAACAUUUGAAAGAAAUCCAAUGUCUAUCAAUCACAGAUUAUUUAAAACAUGAAAAAGUGUAUACUACUCACUCUGAACAGUUGAUGAAUACACCUGUCAUUAUAAUUGUUACACCUGAAUUGAUUGUUUUACUAAGAAGGUUAUGUUACAAACUGGGUAUCAUUAAAUCAGCUAAUCAUUAUGCUGAUAGCCUAUCAUCAUCAUCGUCGUCGUGGUCAUCAUCAUCAGAUUAUACACAAAGUAAAAUAAAUGAUCAUUCACAGUUUAAUUUUUCAAAUCUAAUCUGUCAAGGAUAUGCGUUAUUAAAACAACUGUGUGAUCAAUUUUCAAUUUCAAAUAUUUCUGAAAUAAAAGGGACUAGUAUUCAAUUGGAACUAUUUAACAUUUAUACAAAAUUUAUUCAAUAUGAAAAAGAAUUGGAACCAUACUAUGAUAUGACUUGUCAACGUAUACAAAGAACAAAUAAUCGAUUAAAUGUAACUGAUAGAUUGCUUGGUUAUCGUAAUAAUUUGAACUGUGUCAAUCCCACAAAGUAUACACAAGCGUAUGAAACUGAGUUUAUUAAAGAGAAGAGACCUCAGAUAGCUCCUCGAUUUAACAUUAUUAACUAUGAAGAGAUGAAGUAUGAUUCUGUUGGUCAAUCGAAUUGUGAACAGAAGAAAAAUCAUGUUGAAUGGCCUUCAACUAUUCAGGAACGAUCAGGAAUAUGUCUGGAUUAUCCAGGCAGAUCAGAGACUCAUUCUGCUUUUACAAGACCCUGUCACAGUGUAUCGGAAGUCCUAUCAAAUCAUGGUCAACUGCGUGCAUGUACACCAGGCUAUCGAAUAAAUCCACAACCAGAAAUUAAAAUAGAUGGAUUUUACACCAUGAAACAGAAUCGAUUGAGUCCUAUGGAGAAGUCAGAGUAUAUGCAAGCGUUCACCUUACCAGAUGGUAAAAUGAUACAUACAAGCCCAUGGAAUAGAUCAAAUGAGUUCAACUAUGCAUAUGGUGUUAAUUAA